AUGUUCCCUUGCCGCCUCCACUGCGCCCUGGCGCUGCUCGUGUCCGUGUCCGUGGCGUGGAGCACCGUGGCAGCGGCGCCCUCCGACCCCAGGCUCCGGCAGUUCCUGCAGAAAUCCCUGGCCGCAGCCGCGGGGAAGCAGGAAUUGGCGAAAUACUUCCUGGCAGAGCUGCUGUCCGAACCCAACCCGCCGGAGAACGAGGCCCUGGCUUCCGACGACCUCUCCCGCGGGGCCGAACAGGAUGAGGUCAGGCUGGAACUCGAGCGAUCGGCGAACUUGAACCCGGGCCUGACCCCUCGGGAGCGCAAAGCCGGAUGCAAAAAUUUCUUCUGGAAAACCUUCACUUCCUGUUAG